GCUGGAUCAAAGGGAGGACGCCGGUGGAGCUGGGAUGUGCAGCGAGGCCGGGAGCUAGAGAAGGAUUUUCUUUCUCCCGGAAUCGAGCAGAAUGUACAUAGUGAGCCGGACUUCGAGGAGGAAGGGAGCUAGUUAGCUGGCUAGCCAACCGCCAGACAGAGAAGGGAUUGCAGAGAGAGGAGUUGUUGGGGAGAGCGCCGGUGGCGUCCUGUGCCGAUGCGAGACAAUAAGUAGAGCCGGACAGAGCUGGAGGGAGAGCGAGAGGCGGAAGAACAGGAUUUACUGAAGAUUCUGGAUAAAAGAGAAAAAAUAAUGAGCAACUGAAAGAUGAAAUUUGAGCAUCAUAAGGAAAAGCAAAAGAGUACAGUAAGGAUUAAAAGACAGAGAUAAUCAGUAGUUACGAUGACGGAGGGCAGGCAUUGUCAGGUGCACCUCCUCGAUGACAGGAAACUGGAACUGUUGGUUCAGCCCAAACUUUUGUCACGGGAAUUGCUGGACUUGGUGGCUUCACAUUUCAACCUUAAAGAAAAGGAGUACUUUGGAAUAACAUUUAUAGAUGAUACGGGUCAGAACAUCUGGCUGCAAUUAGAUCACCGAGUGCUUGACCAUGACUUGCCCAAGAAAACAGGCCCAGCAAUGCUGUACUUUGCAAUAAGGUUUUACAUUGAGAGCAUAUCAUUUUUAAAGGACAAGACCACCGUGGAACUGUUUUUUCUUAAUGCAAAAUCAUGCAUACACAAGGGGCAGAUUGAGGUAGAAAGUGAAACGAUUUUUAAAUUAGCGGCACUGAUUUUACAGGAAGCUAAAGGGGACUACACCAGUGAUGACGAUGCCAGGAAGGACCUAAAGACACUUCCAGCAUUUCCAACCAAAACUCUUCAGGAACAUCCAUCUCUAGCUUAUUGCGAGGGCCGAGUCAUUGAACAUUAUUUGAAAAUCAAAGGUCUGACCCGAGGACAAGCCAUUGUUCAGUACAUGAAAGUAGUAGAAGCUCUACCUACAUAUGGAGUCCAUUACUACGGAGUAAAGGAUAAACAAGGGAUUCCUUGGUGGCUUGGAAUCAGCUAUAAGGGAAUUGGACAAUACGAUAUACAAGACAAGGUGAAACCUCGGAAAUUAUUUCAGUGGAAACAGCUGGAGAAUUUGUAUUUCCGUGAGAAGAAAUUUGCUGUUGAAGUUCAUGAUCCACGCCGGAUUUUGGUAUCAAGAAGAACCUUUGGGCAAAGUGGACUGGUGGUGCAAACGUGGUAUGCGAACACAUCUCUGAUCAAAUCCAUCUGGGUCAUGGCGAUCAGUCAGCAUCAGUUUUACCUGGACCGUAAACAGAGCAAAGCAAAAAUUCCCUCAGCCAGGAGUCUGGAUGAUAUUGCAAUGGAUCUAACAGAAAUGGGAACACCAAAGGUCUCUAAACUGGUAACUUCAGAGGCAAAGAAUCAGUUUAUUAUGGCAAGCAAUGGAAGUUUAAUCUCUUCAGGUUCCCAAGAUUCAGAAAUCAGCGAGGAGCAAAAGAAAGAGAAAAUAGUUGAACUCAAGAAAAAGGAAAAGUUGUUGCAAGAAAAACUUCUAAAAAAAAUGGAGGAACUCAAGAUGAUUUGUUUGAGAGAGGCGGAGCUUACUGGUAAAAUGCCAAAAGAGUAUCCACUGAAUACAGGAGAAAAACCUCCACAAGUCAGAAGGCGGGUAGGCACUACAUUCAAAUUAGAUGACAACUUGCUUCUAAGUGAAGAGGAUCCUACUUUGCAAGACCUGGAGAGCAAUUUCAUUAUUCAGCAAAAAUUGGUAGAGGCUGCAAAGAAACUUGCUAGCGAGCCAGACCUUUGCAAAAACGUAAAGAAAAAAAGAAAGCAAGAUUACAGUGAUGCAGUGAAAAAGCUCCAAGGAAUUGAAAACACAAUAAAUAAAUAUCGAAUUAAAUGUGGCAAGAAACCAACUCAAAAAGCAACACUAAUUUUACCAGAAGACAUAAUUCCAUCUGAGAGCAGUUCUUUGUCUGAUACUAUUACCUAUGAUGAUGCCAGUGACAUGCUCAAUCUUCCUGGACAGCGAUCAAAUUCAGUUCCCCAUUCUCCAAGACUUCCUCCUCCAAAAUCCCUUGGUAUUGAGAGAAUCCACCUCAGAAAAUCAUCCAUGAAUGAACAGUUCCUGGAAACUAGGCAGUCCAGAGAGAUGUUGUCAGCCCACAGCAGUCCUUACAAAACUCUGGAGAGGCGACCCCAGGGAGGAAGGAGCAUGCCGACCACACCAGUUCUAACACGCAAUGCCUACAGCAGCAGCCACUUAGAGCCAAAUGCUUCCUCACAACACUCUAGACAGCGUAGCGGAAGCUUGGAGUCACAGACACACCUGCUGUCCGAGAUGACCAAUGACAAGCCAUUAUUCUCCCUUUCAAAAUCCCAAAGAAGUAGCAGCACUGAAAUCCUAGAUGAUGGAUCAUCCUAUACCAGCCAAUCAAGCGCAGAAUAUUACUGUGCAACUCCCAGUGCAGGUUCAUACUGUACGACACAAACUCUUGACACUCGCACAAGGGGACGAAGAAGGUCUAAAAAACAGAAUGUUUCUGCUUCAAAUUCGGGAAGCAUGCCCAACCUAGCACAAAAAGAGGCCAGGAAUGGGGUCUACCAGAAAUGUCAGGAACAACCAUCUUCCAGUUAUUAUAUUCCUGGAUAUCCACCUUACGCUGAAAACGAUCUUUACUACAAUGGAGGAUACGUUUAUGAAAAUGAUACUGAGGGACAGUACAGUGUGAAUCCUUCCUAUCGCACCUCAGCACAUUACGGAUAUGACCGUCACAGGGAAUAUAGAUCCUACCACGAAGAUGAGAUGGACCGGGUGCCCCACAACCCAUAUGCAACUCUCCGACUUCCAAGGAAGACAACUACUAAAUCAGAGCACAUAACCAAAAAUAUUCACAAGGCCUUAGUAGCAGAGCACCUCCGUGGUUGGUAUCAACGUGCAUCAGGUCACAAAGACCAGGGUCAUAGCCUGCAGGCAGGCUUUGAUUCUGACAGAGGAUCACAGAGGAGCCUGGGAUUGGCCAGUCUGCAAGUACCCUGCUCCCCAAGCAGUAGAGCAUCUUCUUAUUCUUCAGUGUCUUCCACAAAUACAUCUGGAAACUGGAGAACUCAGAUUACAAUGGGAUUACCUGAGUAUGAUACCGUCUCCCAUUCUUCUUACACCAGCUGCUACAGAAACGUUUAUAGUACCUUGCCACCUCCAAGCAGGCCAUAUGCUGAGGCCAGUCAGUUGGACCAUGCAGAUGGGAACAGGUUGGAAAAUGAGCUGGACACUAAUGAGCAAAGAUUAUUUUGGCAUGAAGAUUCCAAGCCUGGAACAUUAGUUUAAACUGCCACCUAAUCUUUUGACCAAGCUCUGCAUUCUUACCCAUGUGUGCCUUGCAUGGUACGAUGUUCUUUCAAAGGACAUCUCUCUCUGGAAAUCUGAAAACAUCAAAAGCUGAAGAAAAGUUUAAUUGAACUGUCAGGGGAGCCUGUACAAAAAAAAACAAACCUUAACCCAAUAGCAUUUCUUUCCAACUCAAGGCAGCACUAACUGAGCAAGGUCCCACCACAUUUUAACCAUCUCCAAGAUGGAGCUCUUGGUCCAAGUAUUUAUAUUUAGCAAGCACUUUUUGGGAGAAUGAAAGUUGUUGAAGGCAAACCUCAAAACUGUGAAGAGGGACUUUUCUAGUGAGAAGUGGGAAUCUUAAGAGCACAAUUCAGAUUUGUGAUAGAAGCUUUCAAAAUUUUUUCUACAGCAAUUGGCUGUGAAAUCUUUGAAGUCACAAGCUAAUGAAGAAUAUGUGCAUAUAAAUGGUGGGUCAAGACAGUAUUGGAAAUUACUUGAAGGGAAGUUUAAUUUUAUGGAGGUUUGAGUGUGUAGAUGUUUCAAGGUUUUAAGAGUGGGUUUUUUAGGUUUUUUGUUGUUUUUUUUUGUAAGCACCACAAAAUAGGUUCUAGGGGGAGGGGGGCAAUUGCCAUUGCAACCUGUAAUGUUACUUCAUAAUAGUGGAUUUAGGGUAUGAAGCAGUAUGUUGAAUUAUUUACAUGUCCUUUGUGUGUUUAAGGUACAAUUUCAUUGUGCAAACGAGCACGUUUCUCACACUGAAUGCACAGUGAACUGUUGGUCAGACUGGUAGCCAUUCAACUUUGUACUGCCAUUUCUUAAAAUAAUGGCAAAAAUAAUAAGGGGUGCACUUUGGUUAUGCAACUUUCAAAACUGCAUUAUGAUGACCAGUAUUUUGAGGUGAUGUUAAAAAAAAAGAAAAAGGCCAAAUGGGUGCCUUAAAACUGUGGGCAUUAGACUCACAUGUAAUCAUCUGAUCUGCAGGUGUAAGACCAAGUCACUGAGUGACAAAAAUAAAAUGAAAUAUAAACCCAAGCUGCAAUUUGAUUAAUUAUGAGGCUAAAGCUACCUCAUUUUCUAUGGCAGAACAAACUGGGCAUUACAUAUAGAAUUUCAAAACAGCAGUUCAUUUCCAUAUUGUGACAUUACUCUUAUUUCUCAACUAUACUGUGCUUCAGAAUUCAAAAAAAAAAGGUGCUCUCUUUUUCUUCUUUUAAAUUAGAGGACUAGUAACUCCUUGUUCAUAUUGUGAAUAGAAAGUUUCUGAGCAGCUUUUUUGGACCUUUUUUACCUAUAUUCCAAAGCAUGUAAUAUAUACAUAAAGAUAAAUUUGUUAAGCUGGUCCUUAGUCAUUUGUAUCAUUAGAUUUGAGGUUUAGAAAGAAAAAAAUCCAAAAAAAUAAUUUAUUCUUUUUUUGCAUAUUUGUAUAGCCUUCUAGAAACAAUUUCCCUUUUGCAUAUUCUUUUACUUUUUUUCCUGACUUUUAAGACCUAUUACUUUUUAUGUAGGUCAAUAAACUAAAAGUGUGUUACCAAAAA